AAAAAAAAAAAAAAAGCCACAGCGAUUGAGCUUGUCGUCAGUGACGAAGUAUACAACACAACCAGGAUAAAACAACAAGGCUGUGGCUCAUAUGAUGGCAACGUUCACUGCCCUUUGUUUUAUCGAGUUUAGUUUCCACUGUCGCUCUGCAUAAGCAAUUAUUUUUGGCCGCGAGCCCACCUACCAGAACUGACGCUGCGCUACCCUGGGCUUUUCGUGCUCUUGUCCAACAAUCCCAUUCGUUCGUUCUGGUGUUGCGCAAGCCCAGGCUAGUCUCUGCCUGUAACCAGGAGUCUAAUCGGCGCAACCUGGACUUUUUGAGGUCGCACAGGUGGAAGAGGCUUCACAGGCUGGCCUUCUCAAUCGCACGGAAACAUCGACGGCAACAUGAACGGAAAUACGGGUACCGGUCGCAAGCAAGCAGCCAUAGUUGCAGCAACAGCAGCUGCAGCUGUAGUAUCAUCGCCUGUUACAUUUUCCAAGCCUGACAUGCCGACGUCAUCUUCAAAGUCGCAGCGCGUAUGGAACACCAAAAAUCUCGGAUGGCGCCUCACUGCCGAUGCUAUCUCAGCGGCCGCUGCUGCCACCAUGGUAGCACCACUGAUUUCAAUUAUUGAUAGGUCUAUAAUGGAGAAUGCAUCCGGACGACGGUCCCUGGUAGAAUCUAUCAAGAGUUCCCUCGUCAACCUAAUCAAGAGACCGCAAACGAUUAUUUUCGCGCGACCAUUUGCUUUAAUCUGUAUGACAUACGGCGGAACCUACCUCACAGCCAACACACUCGACACAGCAACGUCGACGGUCAAAAACAAGCCUGCGACACUUGUCACCUCGGGGACUGCCAAGUUUGUCGCUUCUUCCACUGCCAACACUGGCCUUGGUAUAUACAAGGACCAGGUCUUCGCCCGCAUGUUUGGUCCGCCUGGUGCAACCCCACGGCCGGUACCGCUGCCUUCUUACCUACUCUUUACCAUGCGGGAUGCCGUCACCAUCUUCGCCUCAUUUAAUCUCCCCAUCAUAUUGGCACCGUACCUUAACAACCAUCUAUCGGACGGCUUCAAGAAGCAUGUCAGUGGACAGACGCUGGCUCAGUUUGCAGCCCCAGCCGCCAUUCAAAUCAUUAGCACUCCGCCGCACCUCCUCGGCCUCGAUCUCUACAACCGCCCAACCUGCGCUCGUUCAGGUUCCCCAACCUGGGCUGAGCGCUGGGCCUCUGUACGGAGCAACUGGGCUAUAAGUUCAUGUGCUCGCGUUUGCAGAAUCGUGCCUGCCUUCGGAAUAGGAGGUGUGGUCAACUUCAAGGUUCGGAGGCAGUUCAUGGAGAAGCUUACCUAGUGCAUCCAGGCCCUGAUCCAACCUCCUUCCCCAUAUUCUAUCCGCCAACCUUUCUUGAUUUUCCACACUUCUCUGGUUCUUUUUUUCUCUUUUGGGUGGGCGCUGGAGGCUAUCUGUAAUGUUUAUUUUGAUUUUCGAUAUGAGCGCCAUCGCAACGAAUGGCUUGUGCCGUUGCACCUCACGGUAUACAUGUUAAAGGGCAUGAAAAGGCGUUGGGUUGAUUUUUCCCGGGGCUGCAUUUUCUUCUAGUGUUAAGACAUCCUUGAAAUUUGGCUUGGGAAGUGUCUACGGAACACACCCUGCGCAAUAGAACAGCUUGAAUGCGGGCAUAGACAUAAUGAUAGUGUUAACAAGGGAUCAAACAUAUCG